UUUGUUUGACUCGAGAUCAUCAUUCAGAGAUAAACUGAUAAAAAAGCUGUACAUGCAACUUUCUAAACAAGCAGGGUUUUCAGAAAGUGAGGAUGUUAUUACCAGUGACAUUCUGAGAAUUGCUGGGAAGAUUUCAAGAAAAAUAGAGAGGAAACAAAGAAAACACAGAAGCAGAAAAACAAAUGAAACAGAUGAUUUUACAACACAAGAUUCAACAGGACUAGCUUGUUUUCAAUAUCCUGAUUCUGGAAUGCCAUCUAGCAAGAAAAGAAAGUCAAAGCAAGAAAACAAAUCUUCAGAUAUGUCACCCUCUGAGAAAGAGGAGAUGUUCUCUCCACCACAGAUAGAAGAGUUAGAAGGUGUAACUUCUCCAAAAAAGAGAAAAAAACAUAAACUUCCAGAGGAAGAUAAAAGUGAAUCUGUGACAGAUAAUGGAGUAUCUAGUUCUAAUGCCAGUCAUGUGUUCUCUCCAAAGAAGAGAAAACAGACAGAGAGUGAAAGUAGGGACAGUUCUGUGUCUAGUAGGAAGAAAAAGAAAAAAGAUGCUACAUGUGACUCUAGAGAAAAUAUCAACGAACGUGACAAAGACUCUAGUGUAGUGAGUUCUGGUGAUCAUGGUUCUGACAAAAGUGAAGGAAAGCCUAAACAAAAAAAGCAGACAGCAGCACAACUCCACAAAUUUAGGUUUCAGAGGAAGGGCUUUCAACAGGUGGAUGUGUCUUCAACCGUUGACCCAGUUCUGUCAGAGAAUCUAGCAAAGAAUAAAGAUUUCUGGCUAAUUAAAGCUCCUUCUGAUUUUGAUAUCACAUCUUUAAACGAGAAGACAGUUUCUUUAACUGACAGAGUUAUUGAACUUGACUUACCUGAUCAGAAAUGUGAUCUUGUUGUUUCUCAUCAGCCUUCAGAGUUAUGUCCCUUGAUUAGCAACCAGUCCACAGGACAUUUGCAGCAAGGGGGAAGUUUUGGGGGUCAGCUUCAGAUUAUAGGCAGUAUAGAUGUACCUCCUGUCCCUCCAAUACAGGUACCUCCUAGGAAAGAACAUACCAUUCCAGAAUGCCUCAAACAGAGAUAUGUACCUUUUGGAGCAGACAUCCCUGUCAAAAGUUCCCCAUCAAAGAAGAAAAAGAAACACAAGAAAGAUCAUAAGGAAAGUACUGAGGAAGAUCACAAAAAACAAAAGAAAAAGAAGAGAAAGAAAAGCUGAUUUUUGUUUAUGUUACUAUAUAU